AUGGAUAUGGAACGGCAGAAACGAAGGGAGGAAAUCCAGAAAGCUAUGGGCUUUAUUCAGUAAGGCAUCUUCAGAUUUUAAUUUUUCCAUAUAGUCAGUACACAUAUAAACACACAGAAAGUACAUGAGGUGGCACUGAUUCAUGUAUCUCACAUUUUCUCUACAGGUCCUCCUUGCCUUUCCCAGAGCCUGAUAAUUAUGCGGUACCUAUGUGUUGCUUACAAUGUUUAUUCUCUUGCCUGACCCAAAUUGAUCAAGCCACCUGCCUGUCAUCAAAUGUAUUCGUCCACAAAUCUGCACUUUACCUCAGUUCUGAAUUAUCUUUGAUCAUCCUCACGAUCUCUCUCUCCCUCCCUCCCGCCGCCUCCUUUUCUUCAGGCUUUUUUGACCCAGUUGGUGUGUAACUUGUUGGAAGAGGGAAACACUGUGUUUCGGGAUGGGGAAUGGAGGCAGGCAGCGCAGAAUUACAGUGAGGGGGUCAACGUGGCCCGCUAUGCUCAGGCAGAGGCACUGGUCAUCCCCCCUGAGCUUCUGGAGAGCCUCUAUGUCAACAGGGCAGCGGCACACUUUCAGUUUGUAAGACACGCACACUUAACAAUGUUAAUGGUUGACAUAUUCUCAAAAGUUAUGUUAAAGCAAUAAAUAUAUCCGGUCAAGCACUUUGUCUAAACAUAAUGGAUCCCACAUUUAAGUCAGUUCUUACACCCAGUCCCCAUCUUCUCUCUCCCUUUCCACCUCCCCUUUUUCUGAUUGUCUCUUUCUCUGUCUGUCUCUCUCUCUUUGUAUGUGUCUCUCUCUCUUUGUAUGUGUCUCCCUCUCUUUGUAUGUGUCUCUCUCUCUCUGUGUCUCUUUCUUUGUCUGUCUCUCUCCCCCAGGGGGAGUUUGAGCGGGGCGUGCAGGACUGCGACGGCGCGCUGUGCGUGUGUGAGGGCAGUCGCAAGGCGCUCUACAGGAAAGCUCUCUGUCUGAGGGAGCUGGGCCGACUCAGGGAGGCCUAUGAGUGUGGCACCAGAUGCCUGCUCACUGCCCCACAUGUAAAUCAAGGCCACAAGGCACACAAGGGCACCUGAACCAUAGUUAAAUUAAAACAAUGAAUCCUUAUAGGAUUCAUAUGGAAUCACCAAUUUAUUCUACUACAUACUUUUAGUUACUCGCAUUUCUUUAAUGUGUCAAAUGUCAGUUAAUCUUAUUGUUUAUGGAAUGUACUUUCUGUGUCAUACAGGACAGGCAGGUGGGUGAACUGGCCCAGGACCUGGCUAAUAAACUGGGCCUGAAGGUCCGUAAGGCCUACAUCAGCUCUCAGGUGAGCAGUCACCUCUGACUCUCUAUCAACAGUAGGAAUGUGCCCCUCAAAGAUCAAAAUGUCUAGACCGAUAUCUGCCACGGUCCAUAUAAGUGUUACUGUUUUCUUCACAGGUGGAGUCCUCAACGUCAGGGAGGGAGAGCAAUAGAGAGAAUUCUUCACCCACAGGAGAGGUGAGUGUCUGGUCGUCUUGGAUUUUUUUAUUCUUCUCAUUGGCAUUUUCUUAUUAAGGGCAAAUGGGAUGAAUGGUUGUUUUAAUUAACCAAGCCUUGUCUCUUUUAUUUAGAUGUCCUCCAACGGGCUGGAGUCUUUGACUGACAUUACAUCAGGUAUGGCAGCUCACCAUAAAAACGUAACAUUACGUUUAACUUGAAUGGUUUAUUUUGUCGUUCCUCUAAAAUUCCCUUCUCUCUUCAUCCCUCUCCUCCUUCUCAGCUGAUCUGUCCAGCGCCCAGUGUAUCCCUGCCCCUCUGGCCACGCCCAUCCCUGUCAGCGACGAGCCCUCCAGCCCAGUGGCUACGCCCUGUGCUGACCUAUCAGAGAGCCCCAGUACGGGCUUACCCCCCAUGCCCUACUCCGUUCCCGUGUCGGAGCACAUGGAGGAGCACAUGGAGGAGUGCAGCGUGAUCCCUGACGAUCUGGACUGCAUCUCCAAGAAAGUCAGUGAGGUGAGAGGGUCGCUACUAGGGUCACUCCAAGGCAGGAUGCUGGCCGUGCUGUGCCCUCCCUCUGUCGAUCAGUAGAUGUUUGACGAGAGAGGAGGUACAGACAGUCGUCAAUAGUAAAUUAACAUUUAAGAAAGUAUCUCCAUGACUUGGCUGACCAAGGGUGCACAUGUUAGUGGUUUAAAGGAGAAGUCUGCUUUUUUACAACCAAAUCUCUAUUUUGGAUGUAAAUCGCAUGUUAUAGAAGGGUCCAGAUAAUUUUUUUUGCUAUUUCACUUGUUUGAGAAAUGUACCCCAAACCAGCGAUUCACGUCCUCAUCCUCGUAGUGCAGUACGGGGGAUCUGAAAAAACAUUAACAAAAGCUCAGAAAACACCCAAAUACAUGGUUUUAGAAACAGGAAAGCUCUCAGUAUAGUGAUGCAGGUCUUUUGAUGUUGUACACAUGAAAUUGUGUCAUUUUGAACAUUAUCCGCAACGUUAUUCAAUUUUGUGCGACUCAAGCUGUUUCUCCUAUUCAGCUGUUCCAUUCUCCAUGUAGGCUGCUGCUAGAGUGCAUGGAGAGGUGUUGCUCGAGUUGCUACAACAUUUUAAAUAACGUUCGGAAUGACACAAUUUCACGUGUACAACAGCUAAAGACCUGCAUCGCUAUACUGAGAGCUUUUUUUUUUUAGUCAUUUAGCAGACGCUCUUAUCCAGAGCGACGUACAGUUAGUGAGUGCAUACAUUUAAAAACAAAAAAAUCAUACUGGCCCCCCGUGGGAAUCGAACCCACAACCCUGGCGUUGCAAACGCCAUGCUCUACCAACUGAGCUACAUCCCUGCCGGCCAUUCCCUCCCCUACCUUGGACGAUGCUGGGCCAAUUGUGCGCUGCCCCAUGGGUCUCCCGGUCACGGCCGGCUACGACAGAGCCUGGAUUCGAACCAGGAUCUCUAGUGGCACAGCUAGCACUGCAAUGCAGUGCCUUAGACCACUGCGCCACUCGGGAGAAAUGGCUUUUCUGUUUCUAAAAUCAAAUCAAAUUGUAUUUGUCACAUGCACCGAAUACGACAGGUGUAGACCUUACAGUGAAAUGCUUACUUACAAGCCCUUAACCAACAAUGCAGUUUUAAGAAAAAUAAGUGUUAAGUAAAAACAAAAAAUAAGAAAAAUAACAAAUUAAUUAAAGAACAGAAGUAAAAUAUCAGUACAGAGUCAAUGUGCGGGGGCACAGGUUAGUCGAGGUAAUUGAGGUAAUAUAUAGUCAAAGGUUUGGACACACCUACUCAUUCCAUGGUUUUCCUUUAUUUGUACUAUUUUCUACAUUGUAGAAUAAUAGUGAAGACAUCAAAACUAUGAAAUAACACAUAUGGAAUCAUGUAGUAACCAAAAAGUGUUAAACAAAUCAGAAUAUAUUUUAUAUUUGAGAUUCUUCAAAUAGCCACCCUUUGCCUUGAUGACAGUGUCACCAGCAAAGCACCAUAACACCCCCUCCUCCAUGCGUUACGGUCGGAAAUACACAUGCGGAGAUCAUCCGUUCACCCACAUCGCGUCUCACAAAGACACAACGGUUGGAACCAAAAAUCUCCAAUUUGGACUCCAAACCAAAGGACACAUUUCCACCGGUCUAAUGUCCAUUGCUCGUGUUUCUUGGCCCAAGCAAGUCUCUUCUUCUUAUUGGUGUCCUUUAGUAGUGGUUUCUAUGCAGCAAUUCGACCAUGAAGGCCUGAUUCACGCAGUCUCCUCUGAACAGUUGAUUUUGAGAUGUGUCUGUUACUUGAACUCUGUGAAGCAUUUAUUUGGGCUGCAAUUUCUGAGGCUGGUAACUCUAAUGAACUUAUCCUCUGCAGCAGAGGUAACUCUGGGUCUUCCAUUCCUGUGGCGGUCCUCAUGAGAGCCAGUUUCAUCAUAGUGCCCCCCCCAAUACCUUUUCACAACACAACUAAUUGGCUCAAACGCAUUAAGAAGGAAAGAAAUUCCACAAAUUAACUUUUAAGAAGGCACACCUGUUAAUUGAAAUGCAUUCCUGGUGACCACAACAUGAAGCUGGUUGAGAGAAUGUCAAGAGUGUGCAAAGCUGUCAUGAAGGCAAAGGGUGGCUAUUUGAAGAAUCUCAAAUAUAAAAUAUAUUUUGAUUUGUUUAACACUUUUUUUUGGUUACUAUAUGAUUCCAUAUGUGUUAUUUCAUAGUUUUGAUGUCUUCACUAUUAUUCUACAAUGUAAAAAAAUUGUACAAAUAAAGACAAUGCAAAUAUUCCGGGUAGCCAUUUGAUUAGCUGUUCAGGAGUCUUAUGGCUUGGGGGUAGAAGCUAUUAAGAAGCCUUUUGGACCUAGACUUGGCGCUCCGGUACCGUUUGUCGUGCGGUAGCAGAGAGAACAGUCUAUGACUAGGGUGGCUGGAUUCUUUGACAAUUUGUAGGGCCUUCCUCUGACACCGCCUGGUAUAGAGGUCCUGGAUGACAGGAAGCUUGGCCCAAGUGAUGUACUGGGCCGUAUGCACUACCCUCUAGUGCCUUGCGGUCGGAGGCAGAGCAGUUGCCAUACCAGGCGGUGAUGCAACCAGUCAGGAGGCUCUCGAUGGUGCAGCUGUAGAACUUUUUGAGAAUCUGUGGACCCAUGCCAAAUAAUUUCAGUCUCCUGAGGGGGAAUAUACUUUGUCGUGCCCUCUUCACGACUGUCUUGGUGUGUUUGGACCAUGAUAGUUUGUUGGUGAUGUUGACACCAAGGAACUUGAUGCUCUCAACCUGCUCCACUACAGCCCCGUCGAUGAAUGGGGGUGUGCUCGGUCCUCCUUUUCCUGUAGUCCACAAUCAUCUCCUUUGUCUUGAUCACGUUGAGGGAGAAGUUGUUAUCCUGGCACCACACAGCCAGGUCUCUGACCUCCCUAUAGGCUGUCUCAUCGUUGUCGGUGAUCAGGCCUACCACUUGUAGUCGGCAAACGUAAUGAUGGUGUUGGAAUCAUGCUUGGCCAUGCAGUCAUGGGUGAACAGGGAAUACAGGAGGGGACUGAGCACGCACCCCUGAGGGUCCCCCGUGUUGAGGAUCAGCAUGGCAGAUGUGUUGUUACCUAACCUAACCACCUGGGGGCGGCUAGUCAUGAAGUCCAGGAUCCAGUUGCAGAGUGAGGUGUUUAGUCCCAGGGUCCUUAGCUUAGUGAUGAGCUUUAAGGGCACUAUGGUGUUGAACGCUGAGCUGUAGUCAAUGAAUAGCAUUCUCACAUAGGGGUUCCUUUUGUUCAUGUGGGAAAGGGCAGUGUGGAGUGCAAUAGAGAUUGCAUCAUCUGUGGAUCUGUUGGGGCGGUAUGCAAAUUGGAGUGGGUCUAGGUUUUCUGGGAUAAUGGUGUUGAUGUGAGCCAUGACCAGCCUUUCAAAGCACUUCAUGGCUACAGACGUGAGUGCUACGGGUCGGUAGUCAUUUAGGCAGGUUACCUUAGUGUUCUUGGGCACAGGGACUAUGGUGGUCUGCUUUAAACAUGUUGGUAUUACAGACUCAGUCAGGGACAGGUUGAAAAUGUCAGUGAAGACACUUGCCAGUUGGUCAGCGCAUGCUCGGAGUACACGUCCUGGUAAAGGACCUGUUUAAAGGUCUUACUCACAUCAGUUACGGCGAGUGUGAUCACACAGUCGUCUGGAACAGCUGAUGCUCUCAUGCAUGCUUCAGUGUUGCUUGCCUCGAAGCGAGCAUAGAAGUAAUUUAGCUUGUCUGGUAGGCUCGUGUCACUGGGCAGCUUGCAACUGUGCUUCCCUUUUGUAGUCCGUAAUAGUUUGCAAGCCCUGCCUCAUCCGACGAGUGUCGGAGCCGGUGUAGUACGAUUCAGUCUUAGUCCUGUAUUGACACUUUUCCUGUUUGAUGGUUCGUCGGAGGGCAUAGCGGGAUUUCUUAUAAGCGUCCAGGUUAGAGUCCCGCUCCUUGAAAGCGGCAGCUCUACCCUUUAGCUCAGUGCGGAUGUUGCCUGUAAUCCAUGGCUUCUGGUUGGGGUAUGUAUGUACGGUCACUGUGGGGACGACGUCAUCGAUGCACUGGAUGAGCAUUUUCUUGUUUGCUUAUGGCCUUAUACAGCUUGUUGCGUGCGAUCUUAGUGCGACGUAUUUGGGUGUUUUUGGAGCUUUUGUUCAUGUUUUUUCAGAGCCUCCAUACUGCACAACAAGGAUGAGGAAGUGAAUCGCUGGUUUGGGGUAAGUUUCUCAAACAAGAGAAAUCGCAAAAAAAUUUUUAUCUGGACCCUUCUUCAACAUGCCAUUUACAUCCAAAAUAGAGAUUUGGUUGUAUAAAAAAAAAAAGCUAACUUCUCCUUUAACUUCCACCACUGAGGUACAUUAUAUGGAGCACAGAGUUAUGUAUUUCUGGUCUAGAAGGAGAUCAUCUAGAAUAAGAUGGAUAAUGUCAUGUCGCUUUCUCUCUCCCUCAGUCGCAGAGCCCAGUCCAGGGUGCUAUCCCCACCAACCUCCCUAACACAGCUGUGGGCCUGCGCCCUUCAUACUCCUCCAGCCUCCCCGCCCCCUCGCCCCAGCUACCUCCCGCCUUCUUCAGUUCAUCGGUCAGCCAGAUGCCCCCCUUGGAGCCUUACCCCUCGCUGGGCCAGAGGGACCAGACCUCCACACAGGCGCUGGACGCCCUGGGGGCCUUCUCCCCGGGGACAGGGACUGGGGACACGGAGGGCAAAGGAGGGGUUGGAAUUGGAGGGCUGGACUCCCUGUCAGAGUACACCUUGCCUGGUGAGUGGAUGAGACAUAUGAACAAGGUCCGGGUGUGUGUGUUUGAGGACGUCAAGUACAGUGCUAUGAAAAAGUAUUUGCCCCCUUUCUAAUUUUCUCUACUUUUGCAUAUUUGUGAUACUGAAUGUUAUCAGAUCUUCAACCAAAACCUAAUAUUAGAUAAAGGGAACAUAAGAGAAUAAAUAACACAACAAUUACAUAUUUAUUUCAUUUAUUUCAUAAACAAAGUUAUGCAUCACCCAAUUCCCCUGUGUGAAAAAGUAAUUGCCCCCUUACACUCAAUAACUGGUUGUGCCACCUUUAGCUGCAAUGACUCCAACCAAAUGCUUCCUGUAGUUGUUGAUCAGUCUCUCACGUCGCUGUGGAGGAAUUUUGGCCCACUCUUCCAUGCAGAACUGCUUUAACUCGGUGACGUGUGGGUUUUCAAGCAUGAACUGCUUGUUUCAAGUCCUGCCACAACAUCUCAAUUGGGAUUAGGUCUGGACUUUGACUAGGCCAUUCCACAACUUCCAAUUUGUUGCUUUUUAGCUAUUUUCAUGUAGACUUGAUUGUGUGUUUUGGAUCAUUGUCUUGCUGCAUGACCCAGCUGCGCUUCAGCUUCAGCUCACAGACGGAUGGUCUGACAUUCUCCUGUAGAAUUCUCUGAUACAGAGCAGAAUUCAUGGUUCCUUCUAUUAAGGCAAGUCGUCCAGGUCCUGAGGCAGCAAAGCAUCCCCAAACCAUCACCACCAUGCUUGACCUUUGGUAUGAUGUUCUUACUGUGGAAUGCAGUGUUUGGUUUUCGCCAGGCAUAAUGGGACUCAUCUCGUCCAAAAUGUUGACUCAAGUUUGCCAAAAAGCACCUGGAUGAUCAUCAAGACUCUUGGAAGAACGUUCUAUGGACAGAUGAUUCAAAAGUAUAACUUUUUGUUCCAGUAAUGCCUGGCGAAAACCAAACACUGCAUUCCACAGUAAGAACAUCAUACCAAAGGUCAAGCAUGGUGGUGAUGGUUUGGGGAUGCUUUGCUGCCUCAGGACCUGGACGACUUGCCUUAAUAGAAGGAACCAUGAAUUCUGCUCUGUAUCAGAGAAUUCUACAGGAGAAUGUCAGACCAUCCGUCUGUGAGCAGAAGCUGAAGCGCAGCUGGGUCAUGCAGCAAGACAAUGAUCCAAAACACACAAUGAAGUAUACAUGAAAAUUGCUAAAAAGCAACAAAUUGGAAGUUUUGGAAUGGCCUAGUCAAAGUCCAGACCUAAUCCCAAUUGAUAUGUUGUGGCAGGACUUGAAACGAGCAGUUCAUGCUUGAAAACCCACACGUCACUGAGUUAAAGCAGUUCUGCAUGGAAGAGUGGGCCAAAAUUCCUCCACAGCGACGUGAGAGACUGAUCAACAACUACAGGAAGCAUUUGGUUGGAGUCAUUGCAGCUAAAGGUGGCACAACCAGUUAUUGAGUGUAAGGGGGCAAUUACUUUUUCACACAGGGGAAUUGGGUGUGGCAUAACUUUGUUUAUGAAAUAAAUAUGUAAUUGUUGUGUUAUUUAUUCACUUAUGUUCCCUUUAUCUAAUAUUAGGUUUUGGUUGAAGAUCUGAUAACAUUCAGUAUCACAAAUAUGCAAAAGUAGAGAGAAUUAGAAAGGGGGCAAAUACUUUUUCAUAGCACUGUACAUUGAAAACAGUAAAGCCAUUGUAGCAGGCGUUUUGGCCAUUAUCAAGUAUUUUGCAACCAUACAGUUUUAAACCUGCAUCAGCUGUUACUUAAACCUUCCCUGGGACUGCCCAGUGACCCUGAACAGUCCUCGGAGCAUGCGUUAGUUGCUGUUGAAGCAGCACUGCUGUAAGGCCAUAUGGUGUCUGAUAUCUGUCCUUGUGUUGCUGUUCUCCAGGGGGAAGAAUCUCUCACAGCUUCAUCCCUGGGGUCUGCAACCACAGCUCCACUCACACGGUACGACAGCGGCACAACGCCUGAACACUCCGAUGGAUACUCUCAACUUCUUUCUCCUCUCUUUUAUCACGACAUGGAUGUAUCUUCCUACUCUACUUACAUUUAUUCCAUUGUUGUUAUUUCUUGCUGUUGAGAUACUCCUAGUUCUGAUAACUUGCAUGUACGGUGUGGUUUUUGAUAGGAAAUACAUUUUUAAAUCUGGUGAUGGAUUGGUUUGUCUUCCCUCCUCAGAACGUCCCAUCAGGCACCAACCUCUCGCUGCUCUCCCGGAACCCACUGGCUGCCACCCACGAGUUCAGACAGGCCUGCCAUGCCUGUUACAGCCGCAUAGGUACGCACCGCUACCUUCAUCUUUCUUUUCCCACUCCAGAAUAUGUUACGUUAAUGAUUUCUUUAUUUUAUACUGAGCAGUAUUAAGUCAAUAUUUUCUGUUACAUCAAUGCUUACAUAAUUGACCAUUGUGGGAUAAAUCAAGUAUAUUGAAUUGAAUGCUGCAGUUGAAUGAUAAGUCCCCCUAUUCUUCUCUCUGCAGGUCCGCGGGUGAUGGACUACCAGUACCAGCCGGAGGCGGCUCACCGUUGUAAGAGGGACGUGCUGCUGUGUCGCUUCAAAAACACAGACGACCCCACCUGGAAGAGGGUCAGGCCUCGCCCCGCUAGAAACAACUUCCUGGGUGCCUUUGUGCUCUGCAAAGGUACGUGUGUGUGUGUUCGCUCACUCAAAUAAGCACUGAUGGUUGGAAUGUCGUCUCUCACAGCAGAAUGCUGGCAGUAGUUUUAUGUUGCUUAAAUGCAUUUUUUAAAUGCUUUCUGCAAAGCAAAUUGCUCAUCAGUGAUAGUAAAGAUCAUCUGCUCUCUACUUUCCUCCUCCGUCUCCCUGAAGAGGUCCAGGAGCGCCAGGAGUGCCAGUACGGGGAGAACUGCACAUUUGCCUACUGCCAGGAGGAGAUAGACGUGUGGACCCAGGAGAGGAAGGGGGCUCUGAGCAGGGAGCUGCUGUUUGACCCGCUGGGCAGCACCGAGAGACGAGCACUCAGUGUCACACGCCUGCUGCAGCUGCACAUGGGCAUGUUCAUGUUCCUCUGUGAGGUAGGGUGGCCACACACACACACCUCCACAUGGAGAACUUUGCAGGAUUCAAUAUGUACAGAACAUUAACACACACUCUUUCCCUCUCUGCAGGAAUGUUUUGACAGUAAGCCUCGCAUCAUCAGCAAACGCAGCAAAGAGAACUUGGCUGUCUGCUCAAACCUCACCGCCCGGCAUCCCUUCGAUGAUAACAAGUGAGUCUUCUCCUUUCUGUACUUUUCAGUCGUCGUCUCUCUGUCCUUGACUGUAUCAGAACCAAACAAGCAGUUUGUCUAAACAUAAUCCAAUUUCCCUCAGACAAUAUUACAGUCAGCUACUUACACUCCUUCUCUCCCUCCAUCUCAUUUCUCUCUCUCCUCCUCAGGUGCCUAGUGCACGUGGUGCGUUCGGCCAACGUGCGAUACAGUAAGGUGCGCCCGCUGCACCCCCUCUGCCAGUUUGACGUGUGCCGACAUGAGGUUCGCUACGGCUGCCAGCGCGAGGACAGCUGCUCCUUCGCCCACUCCGUCAUAGAACUCAAGUGCUGGGUACUGCAGCAGGACACAGGUACAGGAAGUACACGUGUGUUUACACGCCUGGCAAACACACUCUAUUAAGGAUUGCAGCAAAAUAACCUAAAUUAAUUAUAUCAUCUGUGACUUUGUCUCUCAGGUAUCACCCAUGAGGAGAUGGUGCAGGAGUCCAAGAGGCACUGGUACAGGCUAGAGCAAAAUGCUCAGAGACAGAAGGUGAGCGUGAGUUGGACACCAUACCCUAAUUCAAUACAUCAUUUGAGGUAUUAUUUUUACAAAAUGUCUCUCUCUUUCAGCCUAUGCACGUCCCACACCAGAGCUGUAGUGGUGGAGGGGUGGGGGGAAUAGGAGGUGGUGGAGGGGGAGACAACCUCGGGGGUGGCGGGGUUGGCUCCGGAGGAGGAGGAGGGAGAGGCAGAGGGCUGAACCUGAAGAUGAAGUUUGUCUGUGGCCAGUGUUGGAGGGAUGGACAGGUCAAUGAACCAGACAAGGCCCUCAAGUACUGCACUGCUAAAGCAAGGCACAGGUGAGAGACUAGAGCGGCCUGGGGCCAUAUCAAACUGACAUCUGCACUGAUACUAUGUGCUGAAGUUCUCUUGUCAAUAUGAGGCUGCAGGGGUUACUAUCUGAUUCAUGACCAGGCCUGAACUGAUAAUGAUUUAAUCAAAGGAAUGUUAAUGAAAUAGACCAAUUAAAGGAUUAACUCUAUAGAAAUAUAUAAUACCUUGCUCUGAAUGGUCAAUUUCACUAAUUUGAUGAUUGGAGUACUUUUCCCCCCUUUUUACUUUUCUUUCGCCCAUCUCUCCUCCCCCUCUUCCUCUUUCUCCCUCUCCAGCUGGACUAAGGAGCGUCGGGUAUUGCUGGUGAAGUCCUUUGAGAAGAAGAAGUGGGUCGUUGUGCGGCCGCUUCCCUUCUCCCGUACGUACCCACAGCAGUACGACGUAAGUCUCUCCUCCUUCUCUCCCCCUCCUUCUCUCCCUCUCUUCUCCCUCCCCCUCUCUCAUACACAGCCACAUCAGUAUGACCUGAGUCACCCCUCCUUUUCUUCUUCCCUCUGGGUCUGUUUUUAAUCACUCCAAUCAGUCAGUCCUUUCCAGCAGACCUCUCACAUGCUGAGUACAGCUGACGGUGUCUACAGCCCCCCCUCUCCCCUCUCCCAUUUACCUCUAGUGGUUUGGCAACCCUCUCAUCCCCUGUAACACUGCCUGCCUAUAGUGUUUACCUAUAUGCAUUUUGACCUUUGUUCCACAAUAGGUUAGCUAUGUCUUGGUACUACUUGUGAAGGAAAGGGGUUUUGGUUUCAAAUAAAAACACAAUAAAAUCACAGGAAAGCAGGGGUUGGAACCGGUUCAGGGAACAAAACCGGAAAAUAAAUAAUUUUUUGGAGGAACAGAAACCGAUCCGGGAAAGAAAGUGAUCUGUAGUGUUCUGGAACAGAACCGUUAUUUUUCUAAUCUUGAGAACCGCUUAUGUUCUGUUAUUUUUCCCUGCAGGAAAGUAUACGAUCAGGACUUCCGGUGAGGAGUAAAGUAGUAGUAAGGCCGUAGUAAAGUAGUAAUAAAGCAGUGUCUCCCUAGAUGUGUGUCCAUGUGAUGAAGCAGAAGAAGUGCCACUACAUCGGAAACUGUUCCUUCGCCCACAGUCUGGAGGAGAGGGACGUCUGGACAUACAUGAAGGACAACAGCUGUAAGUUUAUCUUUCUGUUGCUUUUCCUCUCAUUACGUUCCUCUCUUUUUUGUGUGCCAAACAAAUAAUGUAUUUAUAGUGUAUAUGUUGGAGAUGCUAACCCCUGUCCCCUCCUGUCCACAGUGAGGGACAUGCAGCAGAUGUAUGACAUGUGGCUCACGAUGACCAAUCAGAACAGACGCACUGACAGAAGCCUCAUGACCCCGCCUCCGGAGGAGAAACAGGUUUCGAUGACGACAGAUUACACCGAGUCAUUGGUGAGUGGCUUUCAAGUCAUGAGUUUCAUUAAAGACAAGUGGCUUUUUGUGUUGUUUGAUAUGGACAGACCGUUUGUGAUUUGUCUGUGUGUCUGUCUCUGUCUGUGGGUCAGUCUGGGCGGCGGUUGUCAGAAGGAGGUGAUAUGUGAGUGUUGUCGUGCUGAGGAGGAGCUGGCCCUGGAGACGUGGAUAGGAGACCCUGCUCCCACUACACCAGAGACCAGCUACAGUACCUACCGC